AGAACAAGGAACAUCGCGGAAGCUUCGUGUUUGAAAUCUAAAGGUUAAGUCGACGCACAGCAAGCCUCCACUUUAGUGGAAAUAUAAWUCACCAGGAGAGCGGGAUUCUCUAAGGAUGUGGUAUCAUCUCUAAUGAAGGCAUGACGAGAAGCAAGGUCUACCUCUUAAUCAUUUCAAGCCUGGUCCUGAGCGUCGUCUCAGCGAUCAAACACAGGAAACCCAAGCUCCUUAAAAAUGCUAAAUAUAACAUUGGUCCAAUUUCAAAAACGGACAUACCAACUGCAGAACAGAUCCUAGGAAAGCUGUUAGGAAUAACAAAACCCGCAGCAGACCAGCAGGCCUACGCGACAUCACCACAAACGCUACAAUACCCUCCAGGGUCAACACCCCAGGCACGAUCGCCUUAUAAGAUAUUUGGGUCAACGGGUGCCACCCCUCAAACUGAGGACAAUCCUGGUCCCGCGGGGUAUCCACUACCGCCACCCCCUCCCGGAUAUCACUACGGGAGACCGAGAGGGAGGAAACAUCCCCCGCCUGAUGAUGAGUACACAAGAGAUGACGGGCAGGAAGACGAGGAGGAGGAAGAAGAUCAAGACGAUGAUGACCAGCAGCUUCCAACGCUGGAACCAGAUGAAAGCAGAAUAGGGGGGCAUCGUCGAGGGCGUGGCAGAUGCCGACACUUGGGGCGUAACCUUAACCAGCGAAAUUGCCAAGGAUGUAAAUGUAUCUGCUGGAAGGGUAUAAAGCCUCACAUUCAGUGGGUACGAGUACCAGUCUGCUACAGACCAUGUGGCGUGUGUUGUCCCAAGCACGAGGAACAAGGAGCAUGCGCGGCUAUUUGUCAUCCAUGCUGUCAUAGUUGUUGUCAUUGUUGUUGUCACCACCCAUGUUGUCACUGUUGUCAUUGCUGUCACUGUUGUCGUCGAAGUACGACAUUUCGUCCACCUUUAGCUCCACCUAAGGUGAAGAAGUUGAAGAAAAAACAGAAAGUCAAGAAGACUAAGAUAAAGAAGAAGUCAAUCAAGAAGAACAAAAGACCAUAAAGAGCUAUAACCAACGAGCUUCAUACAGAACGAUAUGUACAAUAGUCUAACGUAAAUUUACUGAUUUACGACUGAGGGAAUUCCUUUUUUAUAGGGGGUUCUAUUUUACUAGCCCGCAUUUCAUACAUUCGCGUCACGCCAUUUUACCGAGUUUUAYUUUAAAAACUCAAUAAGUAUAGCUUAUAGGUUUGAUUUCGAGGAUAGCGUGAAGACACUUAACCCGUGAAGUUUGAUCUGACAAUUGUGGUACAAAAAGGAAAAUAAUGAGAAAAAAAUUCAGCGCUAAGAGCAACAUCUAACAUGCUAUAUGCGCUGCUUUUCCUGCUAAAAUAGUCAGUAGAAUUCAAGUAGCAAUGGCUUUUAGAAGAAAACAGCAAAGACAGAUUAUUUGGGAACAGAAACCCAGUUACAAUAAUGCUUUCUUCUUAAAAUGACACAUAGCAAUUCACGAGUUUUGUGACGUCACUCUAUUGUUUAAAUUUAGCCAAUAGAAUCGCAAGGUAACCGUACUGUUAAAUCAUUAAUCUCGAGUUUAAUGUUUAACCUUUAAUCUAAUUAUGAUUCUAAUGUAUAGCGCAAUCUUGUUAAUACAUCGUAAUUAUUAUCAUUAAAAUCAUUUUAUCAUCAUCA